CACCGAAGAAACAACACUACCAAAGCGGAAGUAAGGCUGGGCGUGUGGGCAGGGCUCGGCAGCAUGUCGGCGGCGUUGCUGCGGCGCGGCCUGGAGCUUCUGGCCGCAUCGGAGGCCUCUCGUGCCGCCCCCGGCCAGGCCAAGACGAGCGGAGCUCCGGUGAAGCGGACCCGGAGGGCGAGGGCAAAGGCCUCCCAGGCCCUGAAACUACGGAACUCAGCGAAGGGAAAGGUGCCUAAGUCCGCGCUAGCUGAGUACCAGAAACGACAGUGUCAAGACCACCUCAAAGCAAACCUGAAGUUUAUGACCAGCGUGAGAAGCACCGUGCCAGAGUCUGUGACCCAGCAGAUUCUGCAGCAGAGCCAGGGCCGCAAAGCUUGUGACCGGGUAGUGACCAAGACAAAGAAGAAGAAAAAGAAGGCUGAAGGCACUGUGUUCACUGAAGAAGACUUCCAGAAAUUCCAGAGGGAAUAUUUUGGCAGCUAGGCUUCCUGAGGAAUAGUGGGGACAAAAAGCUCUAUCCUCCCUUGACUGUCUGUCUCUGUGCCAUGGGUGACCAGCAGGUGGCAAUGCAAUAUAACCUGGCUCAGGAAGCUCUAGAGCUGUCAUCCCAGGGACACUGGAAUAGAGCUGCAAGCCCUGGGGCAAAUUUGCCCUCAAAUUGAAGUGGAUUUGUGCUGGUUUGGUUGGAGCCAUCUAUGCCCUGCCAGAAGAGUCUGACCUGUGAGCUUUGAACAGGACAGGACCCUGGGGCUCUUUACGUAUCUAGAGGGCUAGAUACGUCGCCCUCUCAGACCGUACCUCCAAGAACUGCAUGUCAGCUGUUGGGUUCAAGUAAAUGUGGAUUUGAGCAAAUG